AUGACGAACCCGUCCAACUCCAACCUGCAGGCGCUGCGCGAGGAGCUCUGCGCGCCUGGCCUGGAUCAGGGUCACCUCUUCGAGGGAUGGCCGGAGACCGUGGAUGAGUGCAACGAGAGGCAGGUCGCCCUCCUCACAGAGCUGUACAUGUUUUCCAGCGUGUAUCCCGGCGGCGUCGUUCAGUACAUCCGUAACGGACGCGAGCUGCUGGCGCGUGAGAGCGAGGAGGUGGACUUUGCAGCGCUGGAGAUGCCCCCUCUCAUCUUCGAGGCGCCGUCGCUGCACCGGCGCACGGCGGAGAGGACAGCUCUGGAGAAAGCCGGCGCGGUGAUGCUGUGCAAGACGGUGUUCGUGCUGGUUGCUGGCGGUCUGGGCGAGCGUCUGGGCUACUCGAACAUCAAGGUGGGCCUGCCAGUGGAGACGGCGACGAACACAGCGUAUCUCGCCUACUACCUCCAGUGGGCACAGCGGGUGGGGGGGAAGGAGGUACCGUUUGUGAUAAUGACCUCUGACGACACGCACGACCGCACGCUGCAGCUCCUGCGCGAGCUGCAGAUGGAGGUGCCCAACUUGCAUGUGCUCAAGCAGGGGCAGGCCUUCUGCUUCGCCGACAGCGCCGCGCACCUCGCCGUGGACGAUACAGGAAGGCUGCUGCGCAAGCCGCACGGUCACGGUGACGUGCACUCCCUCAUCUACAACGCGACUGGGAAGAGAGACGUGGCGCGGGACUCCGGCGACGGUACCGCGACGGCGCAGCCACUCGUGAACGAGUGGCUGGCGGCCGGCUACGAGUCCAUUGUCUUCAUGCAGGACACCAACGCCGGCGCGAUGAUCACAAUCCCCAUCAGCCUCGCCUUGAGCGCCGAGCAUUCACUCGACAUGAACUUCACCUGCAUCCCUCGUGUGCCGAAGGAGUCGAUUGGGCUGCUAUGCCGAGCCAAGAAGAACAGCGGCGGUCCGUGGCUGGUCGCGAACGUGGAGUACAAUAUCUUUGCCGAGGUCUCGCGCACGCUUAACAAGGAUGGCGGCGAAGAAGUCGGGGACUCCACUGGCUUCUCCCCGUUCCCUGGGAGCGUCAACACCCUCGUGUUCAAGCUCUCCAGCUACGUGGACCGGCUGCGGGAGUCGCACGGUGUCGUGCCGGAGUUCAUCAACCCCAAGUACUCGGACGAGACGCGUCGCUCCUUCAGAAAGCCCGCACGCAUCGAGUCCCUCAUGCAGGACAUCGCGCUGCUCUUCUCUGAGGACGACUACCGCGUCGGCGGCACCGUCUUCGAGCGAUUUUCGUACCAGCCAGUGAAGAACUCGCUUGAGGGGGCGGCGGCGCUCGUGGCGCAGGGUAACAGCGCCUACUGCGCCGCCACGGCUGAGGCGGACUUCUACGAACUGCAGCGGCGCCGUCUCAAGGCCAUCGGCCUGCCGCUCUUCUACAGCUCACACGCGGAGGUGACGGUGGCGAACGGCGCCGUUGGCGUGCAUCUCUUCCCGAUCAUCGUGCUGGAUGCCAUGUGCGCGUCAAGCGGAUCCCUCGACGACCUUUCGAGCGUCUUUCCGACGCCGGAAAAGGUGCACAUCGAUCAGCACAGCACCUUGAUUCUUGAGGGUCGCGUCAUUAUUGAAAGCCUGGAGCUAUACGGCGCACUCACGAUUCGCGGCCCGACAGACCCGACGGCGCUGCCGCACGUAGUACGCAACGCUGUGGUGCGCAAUGCCGGUUGGUCGGUACACGCGAUCUUGCCCCUCUGUGCUGAGGGCGACAGCAGGUUGCCCGAGGUGGACCGCAUCCGCGGAUUUGUGCUGGAGAAGACGGCCAUGACGGUGAUGGACUGCCAUACGAAAGGCGAGUCGGAGGCCGGUGAGCCGUCUGGUGCGGCUGACCCGGCCAAGCUGUAG